AUGGCAGCGCGGAGCGGUGAGGGGCAGCGCGCAGCCCCGGCUGCGGGGAGGCUGUGGCGCCCCCGCUGGUCCGGGCUCCGCUCUGCGUGCGCCGGGCGGAGGGCUCUGCUCGGCCCCGAGGAGGAGGAGGAGGAAGGGGAGGGAGGAGAAGCGCUGCGCUGCCCCGCUCCGCUCGGCUUUUCUCUCCUCCCCUCCCUCCCGCCCUCCCCCGCCUCGCUGCUGCGCGGCGCCCCGCAAGCGGCACCUAAAAUGGCGGCCGCCCCCCCCGCGCCGCGAGCCGUUACCAAGCGGAGGGAGCGAACCAACGGCGCGGGCGGGGGGCGCGGGAGAGCCCAUGUGCGGGCGGGGGAGGGGCGGGAGGAGCCCCGCCGGGCGCUACGGCAACGCGGGCGCAGCUGCGGGGCGGCUGGCGGCGAUGGGCUUUUUGCGCAGCUGAGGGGGCGGCCGGUUGUCCGGAGCCGAGCUGAGCACGGAUGGACGAGAAGAGCACCGCUGCAGCAAGAGUUAAAGCCCCGAUGGAGCCAUUUAAAUGCUGUAAAGCCUCAGUCUAAACCCCCUUGGUGUCUCAGCCUAACAUAUGCUGGAUGGCAGAUCGUGUCAGAAGAAGCCUGUAGCCCAUCUGUUGCCAGAGAGCUGAGUCCUUACAUUCUGCCAACGCAGCUUCAGCUGACAGCAUGCUACAUCAUCUAUUUUUCUUUGUACCAAGAGUGGAAGGGCUGCCCAGCUCAGCACGACUCUCUCCCUGACUUAUCGCAUGGAGAACCACCCCACGUGCGUGGAUCUGCAAGGAGAGGUUAAGGUGAUUGCCCAUUGGUGUAUGCAUGGUCUAAACCAUCUUUUGCAUAAGUAUUCAUUUUGAAUUAGGAAUAUAAUGGAGUUUGAAUACCAAUAAAAAGGUAUCUGAAGGGGGCCUAGAAGUCAGUGGGCAGCUGGCAUGCAGGCACAUACAAACCCCUAAUCUAACCCAAUUUCUGCAAAAUAAUGUUUACCUUUAAACUGCAGAUCACUCCAGGCUCACUCAUCUUGACAGAGGAAGAGCAGAAUUCGCCCCAUAGUCCACUCUAACACAUUCACAUGGGGAAGAGCGCUCCGCCUUUAGAAGCAUAAAGGUUGGAAAAGAUUACCAAGAGCAUCCAGCACACCCCCAGCCCAUCCCCAUCCCCUCUAUCCCUCAGCACCACGCAGUUACCCUUCUGAAAACCUCCAGGGACCUCUGACCACAGCGAGGAGGGGGCUGCGGUGUUACCAUCCUGACUCAUCUAAACGAUUCCAAAGAAAACAGACAUUGUUGAGAGAAGAAAUGCCGUGUCCAGGUAAGCUUCAUUUAUUGCAGGGCGACAGUGUCAGCUCAGAGAAAUUCAUCAGCUGAAUCAGUCAUGACGAAACUGGGAAAAUUCCAAGGCAAGAGAAGGCAUUGAUUGCAUCUUCCUCUGAGCAAAACUCCUCCGAAGCAGCUGUGACUAAGGCACUGAUUCAGUAAAGCCAACAGGCCAUAUUUUAAGCUCAGCUAGAUGAUUUUGCUUGGGUAGAUGACUAACUGGUUUGAACUGGCACGUCAGUGGUUGAGGAACUGGUGAUAUGGGAGCACUCCAUCUGCAGCAGAGACGAGAAAUUGGAAGUGAUCCGUGUCACCACGGAUGUUCCACUGGCACUUAAUCCAGAAGCACGGCAAAUAAAACACCCUCUCAAUGCCUUUCAUAUUACAGAAUUGGAUUUAAAUUGCCCAAUGUGAAGCUAUGCACCAGUCCUAUUUGCUGUUAAGCAGCCGCUCUGCUGCUUGCCAGAGGUGACUGCCUUUCACAAGCUGCCAGAGCUUCUCACUUGCUCUGAAAUGCCACAUGCCAUUAUUUCAAGAGAAACUCACAAGAUCCAACUUCAGCACCUCCAUUUUUACCACCUAUCUCCCUCCUACUCUCCGACCUGCUUCUCGAGCUCAAAAAACACAUUGAUUUUGAUUUUAUUAGUAAGCAACAAAACUGGAACAAAUGGCUCCUGGCAGAACAUGUUUUCUGUUACAGCUGAAAAACUAUCAGACUGAUGCCCUUGAAACGCAUGGUGUGACUAAUGCCCAGCUUGCAAGGACCCAGGGGGACACGUAUUUAUUGCACUUUUCAGAAUGGAGCUGAGCAGCCAGAAAUGAAAAGAUAAGGUGAUAGGUAAAGAUGAAUGCGGUAGCCUGCUUGCUGCUCGAAGGAGGACGGUGCAUAUCGCACAUAGAGAGGGAUGUGAGACACGUUGAAUGAAGUAACCAGCAAAUCUGUGUCUGACUGUUACAUCUCAGGCUCAUAACUGAUUUUGAAUGCACUCAGCGUGCCCUGUAUCUAGAUAGUAAUUCUGGACCCUUGUUCCAAAGGGGAGCUGAGGGGAAAGGGGGGUUCAGGCUUCAAAUAGUCUGGAAGUGGGUUGAGAAAAUGGUUGGGUCUUUAUUUAAAGAGAAUAGAACUGGCCUUGGCUUGAUUUUUGUCUCACUCCUUCAAUUAAUGUAUGCACAUUAGCUUACUUCCCAAAUAUGAUUGCUUUUAAAGAGAAGUCAAACCCAGAACCCAGCUGCAUCUCAUCUAUGGAGCAUUUGCUUUAUCACAGCUGCCCUGAAACCGGUGCUGAAAGGAGACCAAUUGCCAUAGAGACUAUGCUGUAAAGUAAUUAAGCUCAUGAUAGAGUUGCAUGCACAGCCAAGCAAAAUAUUACAUGCAGACAACAACAGAGCAGUUUCUUAGAAUCUGUAUUUCAGCUCCACUGCAGGUCCCUCCACUCCCACCUACAUCUUUCCUAGCCUUGCUAUCCCUAAACAUACAGAGUUGCAAUAUUCUCAACAUAAAGAGGCAUUAAAUUAAAGCAUUUUUAAA